CACGGGUUUGUUUGGUUCCAUCACGGAUCCGAUUUUCAAAAUCUCAAGAUUCAUGUUAGAUUGGAUCGGCGGGACGGACGGGCUGAUGUUGUUGUUAAUGACUUAAAGCUUCAUAAACGCACCGUUGCGGUUUGUUGUAAACCGUAUUUGCUUCUUCAUCAUUUGCAUCUUUUUCCCUCCUUGGAGACAAAUGUGAAACAUGACACAGCUUCAGGGCUGCACCGAAGUAGACGCGCUCAUCGCGAAGCUGGAGGAGGAGUCGCGCACUAAGUUUAUCACUUUUUCAGUGGACCGCCAUUACAAUGACAAAGAUUGGCAGCCCUUACCCAUCAACCGGGUGCACUGGCAGUGGGCUGGCGGCUCCGGGAUGCCAGCUAUUGAAUUCACAGGGAUUCCUUUUAUGUUUGUGGGGUCUAAAAGGCUCGUCUGCCAUCAAGGGAAAGACCUUGCUGUCGCCCAGAAGAGGAAGUACUUCGAGGAAAAGGCACGAAAGAUGUUGGAGGACCAUAGUCUUGACAGCCAGAAAUCUCGUCGGCCAUCUACAAAGAAGGUGGGAUGCCCAGCAGCCGUGUCAAUCAGCAAGAUUGCAACAUUCCCUAAAUUCAAGGUGGAUGAAAACACAGAAAGAAGUAAGAAGGCAGCUUCCAAGAUGCUGAGAAUGGCCUUGGAGAGAGAUCCAGUAAUAUGGGAAACACGCUACGCUGUCACACAUUUAAGUGAGCAUGCUGGGCAUGCGAAUGGAAUAAAUGGGACAGUCGCAGCCUCAGAAUGUGAAACUAACCCACGUAAACGACCGAGGAAAUCCGCCCUGAGGAAGAAAUGUGUCAAACUCACUAAACAACUCAUGGACUGCGUACAUGUUAUUGAGGAUCAAUGCACACUUGAGGAACUUUCACAAGUUUUAAGCACCCUUCUGAAAAACCUCACACCUCUGACCACCAGUAUGGAUGGAGAAUCACCUCAUCUGGAGGCAAAGAGGGCCAAACUUUUAUCCACCAUUCCAGCAGCGUUGUCACAGAGGUGCAUUGGGAGAUCGAUAUCCACACACUCUGGCAUCGAGAGCGAUCAUUCAGAAAACACGCAGGAGCUCCCCACUUAAAUCUGUUUACAUUUUCUUUCACAAACCUGCACACUGUGAUAUGGAUUGUCAUUGCAUUGUUUCACUUUCCAUGAUGGUAAUUCCUGCAUUUUCUUGUCCAAACAUACGUUACAAGUGCACAUAUUUAUGUAAUAAAUUUCUUUUAAUACACGUUUACAAA